ACUACACGCAACACAGCGACUUCGACGCGAAGUCACACGCGCGCGAGCGAGGAAUCGAACGCGAAAAAACAAACACACGCGGUACUCGACGUACGGCGCAGGACGAAAACAAAGAGAACAAGAACAAGGGAAAAGAUGCUCGGGCCGAUGAUGCCGACGAUGGGUGCGAUGGGUGCGAUGAUGCGAGCGGCGAGCGAUGUCGAUUCGAUGUUUGAGCACGUGAUGCGAGACGUCGGCGAGGGGAACUUCAAUUUUGUGCGAGAUGGACGCGCGAUGCGCGCGAUGCGAGGGGCGAUCGGGCGCGCGAAGGUGGAAGAGACGAAAAGAGGAUUUUUGAUUUCGGCGCACGCGCCGGGACUGGCGGCGAAGGACGUCCACGUCCACGUGACGACGGACGCCCGGGGGAACGCCAAGCUUUGCGUGAGCGCGGGCGAGCGUUCGAUGACCGAGCUCGGCUUGCCGACGAAAUACAUCGACAUGAGCGUCACGCCCAAGGCGUCGUGCAUCGAUGGCAUUCUGAGAAUCGCGGUGCUAAAGAAGACGUCGGAAGCCGUUCGGGUGCCCAUCAACGCGACGGCGCGCGCGGCGAUCGCGGAGGGCGAGGAAGACAUGGAAACCGACGACGAUGGUGAUGAGAGCACGAUAACUUUGAGCGUGCCGGGCUUUGGCGAACGCGAUAUCACCGUGACUUUGCACAAACCGGAGGAUAUGUUGGUCGUUCGGGGCGACUCGAAGACGUUUGGCACCUUCGCCAAGACGUUUAAAAACUUGCCGACAGAUCUCGAGGUGAAGCACAUUGACGUCACCGUGCGCCACGGUCUUUUGAACAUUAAGAUGGCGGAUCCGCAUGCGAUUAUUCCCAUGGAUAUCAUCGUCUCCAGUGUGAACUCUGUCGUCGAGGAAGAUUCUACAAAGGAAAACGUCACCUUGGUUCGAAGAUCCGUGCCUGGCGUCUCCGCCGACAAGGUCACUUGCCGCUUGGCCGCCGACCGUAUGCUUCACAUCAAUAUCGCAACUUCUCACGGUCGUGCCGUGUUUCAGCAAAGCUUGCCACGAAACAUCGAUUUCCACAGCAUUCGCGCCUCGUGCGCUGACGGCGUCUUGACCGUCUCCGCCGACCGCGACGAAUCAGCGAACAAGUCGCACACCGUGCAAGUGGAAGUCUCGGGCGAUCACCCCGCGGCGCUCAUCGAACCAGCCACCGAGACAAAUCCAACUGCGGCAUUACCGGAAUCGGACGAACAACAACCAGUCGUGGAAGAGCCAGAAUAUGACGGUAAAGUUGAAGACGUCGAAGACGUGCCGAUGUGAGAGCGCGAGAAUUGUACUUCACUGUGAAACAAAUACACGUACGACAGCCGCCACGUACCGCCACGUGUACAACAGCGCCACGCACGCGCAGUUUAUAACAUCAAUAAUCAUCAACAAUACUCAUCGUCCCUCU